CAAAAAGAGAGAAUGUCAGCUGAAGGGAUCCUUUUAGAAGAUGAUCUUUCCUGUCCUGUGUGUUAUGAUAUAUUUCAGAAUCCUGUUCUCUUGUCAUGUAGUCACAACAUCUGUAAAGAGUGCCUGGAUGAAUUCUGGAAAAGAAAGGCUUGUCAGGAGUGUCCAGUGUGCAAACAGGAGGUUCUACACGAUCCUGUGUGUAACUUCCCAUUGAAGGUUCUGUGUGAUGCUCACUUGGAGGAAUACAGUCAGAAAUAUGCAGCAGACUCUAAGCAGUACUGCGGCAUACACAGUAAGCAACUUAAACUCUUCUGUCUGGAAGAUAAACAGCCUGUCUGUUUGAUUUGCCAAACAUCUCAACAACACAGUGACCAUGAAUGUUAUCCCAUCGAUGAAGCUGCCAUUCAUUUUAAGUAUUUUCAACAGAAGGAACUCAAAACUGCAUUAGAGCCCUUACAAAAAAAGCUGCAUCGCUUCAAACACGUGAAACAGUCUUGCUAUAAUGCCACAGCACACAUUAAGUGGCAGACCAAGCGAACAGAGCAGCAGAUAAUGAAUGAGUUUAGAAAGCUGUACCAGUUUCUACGACUUGAAGAGGCGGACAGAUUACUUGCACUGCGACAAGAAGAGGAGCAGAAGAUUCAGAGGAUGGAGGAGAAAAUUGAGGAGAUGAACAAGGAGAUAUCAUCACUUGCAAAACUGAUCAGAGCCAUAGAAGAGGAUAUGUGGACUGAAGAUGUCUUAUUCGUACAGAACUUUGAGUCAUCAAUGACUAGAGCUCAGUGCUCUUUGCAGGAUCCACAGAUGGUUUCAGGAGCACUGAUUGAUGAAGCAAAGCACUUGGGCAACCUGCAAUUCAGAGUUUGGGAGAAAAUGAAGAACAUUGUGCAGUACAGUCCCAUCAUUCUAGAUCCCAACACAGCACACGUGUCCCUUAAACUGUCUGAAGAUCUGACCAGCAUGACAUUUGAUGAAACAGAAGAUAUGACGCACAUUCCUGAUAACCCUGAAAGGUUCGAAUCAAGUGCGUGUGUCCUCAGCUCUGAGGGUUUUGACUCAGGGAGCCAUUGCUGGGAUGUCGAGGUUGGGAAUAGGAGUUUGUGGGAGGUGGGAAUAACCACAGAGUCGAAUCCAAAAACCGCAGGGCUGUUUUAUAAUGGGGUCUGGAGUGUGGAGUAUAAUUGCGGCUUUUACACUCGCUCGCCUGGUCGGCCAAAGUCUCCAUUCUCUGCCGAGGGAGGACUCCAGAAAAUCAGAAUACAGCUGGACUGGGACAAAGGACAGGUGUCCUUCUCGGAUCCUCUCAAUGAGACAGAUAUCAAAAUCUUCAAUCACACAUUUACAGAGAAAGUCUAUCCAUUUUUCUGGAGUCACAUGAAGAACUCCCCUGUUAAGAUUUUACCCAUGAUGAUUGUACCCAUGACAGUUCUUGAAACCUUGAGUGAGUAAAGUAAAAUCGGAAUAAGGGCCCUGUAUCAUUUGUUUAGCUUUAGAGGAACAUGUGUGCAUGCCUUGAUCAAUAUAAGAGCAAGAAUGAGUGCUAAUGAUUUUUUGUGAUUUGGUAUUUUAUACAAAAAACUAUCAUAAAAUGAGUUUAAAUUUGAAGCAGUACAUUCAUGCAUUAAUUUUAUUCCCCAUUUUUCUUUAUUUUCUUCGAUUUCUUUUAGAAUGUCCAUGUUUUAAGUUUAAAAUAGUUUACAGUUUAUUUUGUCUAACAAAGUUGUUAUAAUUAUUGUUCUAAUUCAUUGCAAUUUAAUAUUGUAUUGUAAUGAUGUAAUUGUGAUUCAAUUUGACUUUUUUUUUUUUAAACAUGUGCUUAGGAUGAAAUUAAUAAAUAAAUAGA